ACAAAGUCAAACAAAUACAUCAGCUUCCAUCCCCUCCUCACCCCAACCACCAUGACAGCAAACCAUCAACGCCAUAUGCCCAAAACACCCCUACACCCCCGAUUAAUCCAUGCCAUUGCCAUCAGUCAUCCGAGACAUCCUCCUAGGUAAUCCUUUGAUUAGCACACAAUGUUUGAAAAAUUCAGGUUAAAGGGCAUGCUUGUCAAGCUCCUUCAAAGUUGCCAGUUAAACCUUCCCUAUCCAGUUCCGAACUUCCAACCCCAUCCCUCCACCUACAAGCAACAGCAGCAGCACACCAGCCUCCAAGAAGAGGAACGAGAGGGAGGAGGGUGAGGAGUUGCCUCUGAAAGCAAGCCAUCAUUGGCUACCAAAUGCAGGCAUGCAUAUAGCGAACAGGACAAGAAGAAGAGGAGGAAGAAGAACAAGGAGGAGCAGAGCUGCAGGGGCGCCGAGAAGCGGCUGGUUGCUGCCACCACCAUGUCCUAUGAUCAGAUGCUCUCGCCGCUCUUCGGUGCCGGGCGAUCGGCGUGGAGAGCGGCCGGCGGCGGCGACGCCGUGACGAGGCAGAUACUCAAGUGCACGAGAUGGCAGCUGGAGGAGACCACCGACUUCGUCACCUGCCCCUACCACUACUACUGCGACAGCUCCUACCCGGGCGACUACUCAGCCGCCGUCGGAUUCCUCGUCGCCGCCUUCGCCGCGUACUGCUUCCUCUCCACGCUCGCCUUCACCGUCCUCGACCUGGUGCGGGGCAACGGCAGCGCGCCGGCGGCCGGCGUCAGGGGCAUCAAGAGGAAGUACCUGCUCCCCUCGGGCCCGUUCCUGCUCCCCCUGGUGCUGCUCGCGCUCGCCAAGGGGCAGCGGAUCAACGCCGUGUUCCCGCUCGCGCAGCUCGGCCCGGCAUUGCUGCUGCUGCUGCAGGCGUCGGCGCUGGCGUUCCGGAACGAGGCCGACGGCGACGUCCGGUACGCGGUGCUGGAGGCGUCCACGGUGUCCGGGGUGCUGCACGCGAGCCUGUACCUGGACGCCGUCGUGCUGCCGUACUACACGGGGCUGGAGGCGCUCCGGUGGUCGCGCUUCUCCGGGGAGUGCGCGUCGUGCCUGUGCCGGAUGGAGCCCCUCGUCGUCGGCGGCACGGCGGUGCAGUACCGGGGCCUGUCCAAGACGGCGCUGGCGAUCAUCUUCGCGCUUUGCUCGCGGAUGGUGUGCCGCAUCUACGGCGAGGAGCGGCUGAGCGCGUGGACGCGGUCCGCACUGGAGGCCGUGGGCUGGGUGUUCGUGGCCGCCGACGCGGUGUACCUCGUCGGGUGGGUGGCCGCGGAGGGCGGCGGCGUCGGCGUGGCGGCCUACAGCCUGGUCGCCGGGCUGGUGUUCCUGAGCGUCUUCGGCAAGGUGUACCGGUUCUUGGCGUGGGUGGAGACGAGGCAGUCGCAGUGGAAAUCCAGCCUCUGCCACAGCGUUGUUUGAUCCAUACUCUCACCGGAGUCGAUCCUCCCCUAAGAAAUCUGUAAAAAGAAAGAAAAGAAACCUUUGCUUAGUUCAUCUUUUGCUUGCUGUACAAUCUACACAAUGGUAAAAAGGUGCGAUUUUUUUGUUCACGUUUAA